AUGGUGGAGCCGCAUCUUUUCAGUGGGCCGGAGUUUUUGCUGGAGGUGCCGGCGGAGCACCCACAACCGCUUCAGCCAAGUGUAUUACUGCAGCUGCAGACUGAGCUGUAUGGUCUUCUCACACCGACUGUGCGCCGCAAGCUCCAGGCAACGUACGGCGGCAACAGCAGCAGCAGCGGCGGCGGCGCGGUCCCACCGCCUCCCGAUCGUUUGUUUUUUAUUGAGACCGCGGCGACGCCCCAGGCAGAUGCAGCCUGCGAAGAAAAAUGUGUCCAGGUGGUUCUCCUUGUCACAGACUCUCGUGCGGCGGCGGAGCUUUUCAGCAUUGGGUUGAAGAAUCCCUUUAUUGCUCUGCCGCACCGCAUGCGGCUGCGCAACCAGUAUGCAGGUAGUGGUGUAAAAACACGCGGUACACCUGCAGAGAUCUUGCGAAAGAAGGAGGCUCUGCGAUCCCGCAUGAAUUUCGACGAGGACUUGUGGGAAACAUUGCAGAAGGCUCUCACACCGGAGUGGUUGCAGGAGUUUGAGUCACGUUACUGUCAACUUCCUGCAGGGGAUGUGGUGGCGGAGGUGGCUCCGAUGCGAGACACAGAACGUCAUGAGCGGCGCGUAGAGGGUCUGUUGCGGUACUGUGAGCGGGAGGUGCAGUAUGUGGGGGUGAUGGAUGAGGAGGGCAACGCGAGUCCUUUUCUGGUGGCGAUGGGGGUUUUCUACCGCUACGGACUCACCUACCGGGACGCACUGAUACACUUUGCGCGUCACCCGCGACGCCCAACUCGGGCCUUGGCUCUCUUUAUCGCACGCUACACCGCUGCCCCGGAGGAGCUAGAACCCUUCUUCGCACCCUCCCUCACAGACGAGGUGACGAUUGCCUGCGCCGAGGACGCGAAUGUGACGACGACCAUGCGGCAGCUCUGCGAAGACCUCCUAUUGUGCGACGAGGUGUGUGAGGCGUGGCCACCGACCUACCAAGCGUACUGGGUGGAGCACAAGGUGCGCCCCAUGAUGCACCGUAUUGAGGCAGAGUGCAAACGAUGCGAAGAAUUGCGGCAGGCACGCGCGGGGGACGGCAGCCGCGCGACUGCGGUGAUCACGCACACGCCCCCCGGCAAAGCACCAGGAGGGAAGACUGAUGCGAAGGUGCGGGGAUCGGGCAAAGGCGUCGGCAUGUUUGGUUUCCGGAACCUGACGGAGUUGCAGGCAUACGUGCAGGAGAGGGAGCGGGUAUUGGUGCCGCAGCGCAUUUUUUUCAUGGCUGCGGCGCCACCGGAGGGUGGAGUCGACGAUGUCUACGGUGACGGCAACGACGACGCCGCGGAUGACGUCGACGAUGACGACUUUUUGAUCAAAGUGCGCGUGGGGAGCAGCAGCAGUGGCGGUGGUGUGAAGGAUACUGCUUGUCCCCCACCACAGGCCCUGCAGGAGGCGCAGCAACGAACCUGGGGUGCGGAGCGAAGAAAACGGGCCCGUGAGUUGACCAUAACGACCAACACCCGUGCCUUGGUGGUGACAGGGGCGUACCGGACGGUGCUGCGUCUGCUUGGCCGCACCGAGCCGUUUGACAGGCGUGGGGAGCACUACUUGGCAUUCUGA